GAAAAAAAAGCAGAGAAUUUCAAAAGACAAACUUUCCUCUCUUCUUCCCCAAUUCUCUAAUACGGAUAGUAUACCACUAUACUGUACUGCACACCCGACUUUUGCUCUCAUUUGAAACCAAACACCCAAAUCAACUCCUAAAUAGGAGAGAGAAAAUUAUGCAAAUGCAAAUGCAAAUGCAAAUGCAAAUGCAAAUGCAAGCGCCAUUGCAGUGGCAAGCUAGUGUUGAGCCAUUGAGCAGAUUCUCUCCUCUUACAACAAUGGCGGCACCAUCUUUUUGCAUGCUCUCUCCAUUCUCUCUCUCCUCCAGAAAUCCAGCGCCUUCCAGAUGCGUAUCCGGUGAUAAGGCCGCCAUUGCGUCGGGGGCGCCAUUUUCUGUCACGCCGAGAACUAAUUCCGACGUCGAUUAUAUGGGAGAGAGCACUAAAGGCGAUUUUAACGUCAAUUUUGAUCACCUCGAAGCUUUUGGUGGUGAAACGCAUGUUGCUAUGGAAGGUCCGAUUGAGGAGGUUGCUAGAUUGGAAGCUGACGAAGCUGAGGGUUUGCUUCGUGAAUUGGGAAUUCCGGCUCCCUUUUCUGCUACACAUUCUCCCCGUGGCAUAUUUUGCACUCGUACACUUAACCUUCGGUCUAUCAGUGCUAUUGGAUAUGACAUGGACUACACCUUGAUGCAUUACAAUGUCAUGGCAUGGGAAGGGAGAGCUUAUGAUUAUUGCAUGGAGAACUUGAGGAAUAUGGGGUUUCCUGUUGACGGUCUUGCCUUUGAUCCAAACUUGGUUAUUAGAGGCCUUGUCAUAGAUAAAGAGAAGGGAAAUUUAGUUAAGGCAGAUCGAUUUGGUUAUAUAAAGAGGGCUAUGCAUGGAACAGAAAUGCUAUCAACAAGAGCUGUGAGUGAAAUAUAUGGGAGGGAACUGGUGGAUCUGAGGAAGGAGAGUAGAUGGGAAUUCCUUAAUACUUUCUUCUCUGUUUCAGAAGCAGUAGCUUAUAUGCAGCUGGUUGACCGACUAGAUGAAGGAGCGAUUGUAGCUGAAGUUGGCCCACUUGAUUAUAAGGGGCUUUACAAGGCUGUUGGAAAGGCCUUGUUCAGAGCGCAUGUCGAAGGACAACUUAAGAGUGAAAUUAUGUCAAAACCUGAACUUUUUGUUGAGCCUGACCCAGAGCUGCCGUUGGCUCUUUUGGAUCAAAAAGAGGCUGGUAAAAAGCUUCUACUGAUAACCAACUCAGAUUAUCUUUAUUCAGACAAAAUGAUGCAGCACUCAUUUAAUCGAUUUCUUCCCAAUGAUAUGGGUUGGCGAGAUCUCUUUGACAUGGUGAUUGUCUCUGCCAGAAAACCAGAGUUCUUUCAGAUGUCACACCCUAUGUAUGAAGUGGUGACUGGUGAAGGUCUAAUGCGCCCUUGUUUUAAAGCAUGUGCAGGGGGGCUGUAUUCAGGUGGUAGUGCCCAGAUGAUUGAAAGCUCCCUUGGUGUUCAGGGAGAUGAGAUAUUAUAUGUUGGUGACCAUAUAUAUACCGAUGUAAGCCAAUCCAAAGUUCACUUGCGAUGGCGUACAGCAUUAAUAUGCCGAGAAUUGGAAGAAGAGUAUACUGCUAUGAUUGGUAGCAGGGCUCAUCGAGCCUCUUUGAUAGAGCUGAUAAAUCAGAAGGAAGUUCUUGGGGAUCUUUUUAACCAACUUCGCCUUGCUCUUCAGAGGCGAAUGAAUGAUCGACCUGCUCAGACAUUCGCCGCGACGAAACUGGAUGAUCAUGAACUCACAGAGAGCAUGCAAAAGCUGCUUAUUAUCAUGCAAAGACUAGAUGAUAAGAUUGCACCAAUGUUGGAAUCAGAUGGAGAGCUGUUCAAUAAAAGGUGGGGUUUUAUUUCUCGUGCAGGUCUGUGGGAUAAAAGCCACUUGAUGAGGCAAAUUGAGAAAUAUGCUGAUAUAUAUACAUCUAGAGUUUCAAAUUUUCUUCAUUACACCCCAUUCAUGUAUUUUCGCUCACAGGAACAGAAUCUAGCUCAUGAUUCCUAUUCCUUCUAUUGCACACAUACCGAUGAGGAAUAGAACAGCAUGCUCGCUGUGUAACAGAAAAAUCCAGUCUGACCCUGAAGCACUUUUAAUUUUAAUUGGUAUCGGACGAAGAAAAAUGGUGGAAUAUGUAGAUAUUGUAACACAUCAUUGUUGUAUCUUAUCAUAAGAGAUGUUGGUUUGCCAGCCAGCUGUUAAAGUUUGUGAGGAGGUAAGAGUUUGAUUAUGGCUUCUGCAAACGAAGUUAUGGGUUUGAUCUUUGCAGAAUAUAGCCCCGUAUCUCUCUUUCACUAGCUCUGGUUCUCCAUAGAGUUGCACAAUUUCAUCAGGUAGUCAUGUGGGUGCUGCCGUGCUGUUGUAUCAACUUAUUGACGUCGAGUUCUGCACCAAGCCUUGCCAGGAUUCUUUUGUAUAUUACCAAAAUGACCAAGAGAUGAUAUCUAAAAGAAGGAAAAGAGAGCCCAAAUAAAAAUAAAUAAUACAAGAGCAUGGGAAAUUUAAAAUACCCAAGUUGGGCUAAGCUUAAGUUUGCUUUAUGUUCCUUUGUAUGAUUGCGAGUCUACGACUUGCACUCGGGGCCUCGAGGCAUCAUGAUGGAGUGCACAUUAGUGCUGUAAUAUACAAUUUUUGAGGAAUGCUUUCUAAUUGUACUCUUGUACUUCUUGUUAGUAUGGCGGGCUAGUAGAUGAGGUUGGGUUUGAUUCGUGUUUAA